UUUUUUUUUUUUUAAUAUAUUAGCAUAUCAAAAUUGAAUCACGUAACAUUCAAAUGUUUCGUUUUAAAAAAUUAUUUUUUCGACAAAUUCAAGUUCAGUUCUUCAUUCGUAUCAUUUUAUAAUCAUAUGUAGAAGAAUUUUGAGGUUAUAUUUGAAAUAAAAAAGUGAAGUCUAAUUUAUUAAUUUAUUUCAAUAAAUAAACAUUUAUUUAAAAUGUCAGAAACGAAUUCAAGCCUAGCUGAAACGGAAGUAGAAGAUGGGAAAAAUCGCCGGAAAAUCAAGUGUCAAUUUUGUAGAUCAAUUAUUUUAAAUUCAAAGGCUGGAAAUUAUGUUAAUUUCGAGUUUGAUUUACCUGUAAUAAAACUUACGAAAAGUUCUAAUAAAACAGAAGACAAUAUUGAAAAUAUAAUAGAAACGGAGAAAAUACAAGACUUUUGGCUAGUUAAGGACAUUUAUACAUUCGAAAAUAUUGGAGUAUCAAAUACUGUGGAUAACAAAAAAUAUUUAUCAUGUGCCGAUUGUGAAGUAGGACCAUUAGGAUAUCAUGACUUAAAUACUAAGGAAAGUUAUCUUGCAUUAAGUCGUGUUGAAUAUAUUUAAAAUUAUCUUUCAUUAUUACAAAUACAACUCAUUUUUAAAUAAACACUUUUAUAGUUAAACAUAUAGAUGUCAUCAUUUUAUAAAUUUGUGUUCUACU